GCAUGACGUAGAAAGAGACGCCAUUAGUAGGGGUUGAGAGGGGAGAGCAGAGCGAACCAGCGAGCUGAGGGUGGGGGAAAUCACUUUGGUCUACAACAGCUGGGCGAGUGACAUUUCUGCCUAUUCUGAUUCGCAGGGGAUUCGUGUCCUCGACUUCUUGAUUUCGAUUUGAGACAUCUAAUGUGAUUAGAGGGAGAUACUUCAACUGAGCUACUUAUAUACCUAAUCAUAUUUAUUUCACCAUGGCGGCUGGCGGCGGAGCAGGCAACAAAACCUACUCUUUCAAGGUGGUUUUGUUGGGAGAGGGCUGUGUCGGCAAGACCUCGCUCGUGUUGCGGUAUUGUGAAAAUAAAUUCAACGACAAACACAUCACCACACUUCAGGCCUCCUUCCUCACCAAGAAGCUCAACAUCACAGGGAAGAGGGUGAACCUGGCCAUAUGGGAUACAGCAGGUCAGGAGCGGUUCCACGCGUUAGGUCCCAUCUACUACAGAGACUCCAAUGGAGCGAUAUUGGUCUAUGACAUCACAGAUGAGGACUCUUUCCAGAAGGUGAAAAACUGGGUCAAAGAAUUGAGGAAAAUGUUGGGGAAUGAGAUUUGUUUAUGUAUAGUAGGUAAUAAAGUAGAUCUGGAGAAGGAGAGACAUGUAUCAGUUGAAGAGGCAGAAGGGUAUGCAGAGUCAGUGGGGGCGAAACACUAUCACACAUCAGCCAAAUUAAACAAGGGAAUAGAAGAACUGUUCCUUGACCUGUGUAAAAGAAUGAUGGAGACGGCCCAAGCAGAGGAGAGGGCGAAGGGUAACGGAGCCAGCCAGUCAACGACAUCACGAAGGGGGGUACAGAUCGUGGACGAUGACCCUCAAGCCGCCACGGCCGCAGGGGGCUGCUGCUCAUCCGCUUAACCCCCACCCCCACGUCCCAACUUACCCCCACGUCCCAACUUACCCCCAU